AUGAGUGACUCCAAGGAACCAAGGGCGCAGCCGCUGGGCCUCCUGGAAGAGGAAGAGCUGAUAACUAGCAGUAUGAAUUUUUUUCCAAGAGACUUUGGAUUCCGACAGACUCGAGGCUACAAGAGCUUAGCAGGGUGUCUGGGCCCCGCACCCCUGGUGCUGCCGCUCCUCUUCUUCACACUCUUCACUGGGCUGCUGGUGGCCAUCCUUGUCCAAGUCUCCAAGAACCCCAGCUCCCAGAGACUGGAUCAGUCCAAGCAGGACGAGAUCUCCCAGGACCUGUCCCAGCUGAAGGCUGCUGUGGAACGCCUGUGCCGCCCCUGUCCCUGGGAGUGGACAUUCUUCCAAGGAAACUGUUACUUCAUAUCGAACUCCCAGCGGAACUGGCAUGACUCCAUCACCGCCUGCCAGGAAGUGGGGGCCCAGCUCGUCGUAAUCAAAAGUGCUGAGGAGCAGGUACACCUGCGAGACUCUGUCUCAAAAGAAAAAGCAUCAAGAUUUCGGAAGGUAGAAACACAGCUCAUGUAGCAGGUGGGGGCAGAGGCUCACAUUCUGUAUGGGUUUUGCAGCUUCAAGCAAUAUUGGAACAGAGGGGAGCCCAACAAUAUCGGGGAGGAAGACUGUGUGGAAUUUAACGGCAAUGGCUGGAAUGACGACAAAUGCAGUGCUGCCAAAUUCUGGAUCUGCAAAAAGUCUGCAGCCUCCUGCUCCAGAGAUGAAGGGCAGCUUCUCUCCUCAGCCUCUGCAUCCCCGAUUGCCCACGCGGCAUAG